AUGCUGAAGCGUUCUCGAAGCCCCUCGAGGUCUCCAUCCCUCGAGCCCGAGUCCCGCUCAACGUCCUCGAUAUCCUUGGGUACUGUCACAUCACCGGAGCGUGCUAAGAUCCUCCACCGUGACCCGGAUCCCGUCUCCGAAGUAAUGCAUUGUUCCUUACCGCCUCACCGAGAAACGCUCUCGUUUGGGUCCUACGAGGACUACGAAGUCCAUUACUUGCAGGCGCAUGCCAAUCGCUGUUCUGAGUGUAGCAGGAACUUUCCAACAGGCCACUUGCUUAGCCUGCACAUCGAAGAGACCCACGAUGCGCUCAUGAUGGCUCGGAGGGCACGUGGGGAGAAGACGUAUGGAUGCUUCAUUGAGACAUGCGAGCGGAAAUGCUCUACGCCCCAGAAACGGAAGCUCCAUCUAAUUGACAAGCAUAUGUUUCCUCGAACAUAUAAUUUCUGGAUUGUCAAUGAUGGUAUCGAUCGACAGACCUCAUUAUUGAGACCGUUGAAUAGCCACCGCCGCCGCCUUUCAACUACAUCCUCUGCCCAAGAAGGCAGACUGCGGCGCCGAAGCUCGGCAGCCCAAUCGAAUCCUCCGGCAACGGCGUCCCAGCCAUCAGAGCCUCCGUCGGAGGCAUCAAAUGAAAUGGACAUUGAUCAAUUGGAACAGUCCAUGUCGGCUCUACGGUUUGUGCCCGCAAGCGUGACAAGGAAUCAAACGAGGGUGCCUCGCAGUCAGACCUGA